UAUAUAUACUUGCUUUCAGUUACUAUAUGAGAUGGGUUCAGAAGGCCAACAAAAAUCUGAGGAAAUCAAUCCCUUGUGAACCGACUGUAGUAUAACCAUGAUUUAUGACAAGUUUCUUACUUCUAUUGGAAGGAGACUAGAAGGUAAGGUUGCAGUGAUCACCGGAGGAGCAGCGGGCAUUGGUAAAACUACUGCCAAAUUGUUCAGCCAGCAAGGUUGUAGGGUUAUUAUUGCUGACAUCCAAGAUGAGUUGGGUCACUCCGUCUGCCACGAAAUUGGCCCAGAAAUGUCUUCAUUCGUGCAUUGCGAUGUCACCAAAGAAGAUGAUAUGAAGAACGCAGUAGACGAGGCUGUUUCAAGAUUUGGAAAGCUUGACAUAAUGUUCAACAACGCCGGGACCAUUGAUCCACCAAAGAUAAAGAUAUGGGAGAACGAAAAAUCCGACUUCGAAAGGGUCCUCGGCGUCAAUGUUACCGGUGUCUUCUUAGGCACCAAACACGCAGCUCGUGUCAUGUUACCGGCAAACCAGGGUAGCAUCAUUAACAAUGGAAGUGUAAGUUCAAUCAUGGGAGGGAUAGCUUCUCAUGCUUAUGUAGCUUCGAAGCAUGCAGUGGUAGGUCUCACAAAGAAUGCAGCUGCGGAGCUAGGUCAGCUUGGGAUAAGAGUAAAUUGUGUCUCAGCAUUCGCGAUCGCAUCACCUUUUGUUAGGAAUGUGUUGAAGAAGUAUGAUGAUGAUGUGAUUGAGAAGAAGGUAAAUGGGUUGGCUAGUCUCAAGGGAAUUACCUUGGCUGAACAAGAUAUUGCUGAGGCUGCAGUUUAUUUUGGGAGCGAUGAAUCAAAAUGUGUUAGUGGCCAUAAUUUUGUCAUUGAUGGAGCAUUUACGGUUGCAAAUACCAGCUUUGGUAUAUUCGACCAGUGAAAGUACUGCACCCUAAUGAAGGGUUCUAAAUGAUGUGUUCUGAUUGGCACUUUGGAUUGUCCACCCAGUUCUUAAAAUAAUAUAUAUCCAAACCAGUGAAAACUCUUUGGUGUAUGAUAUAGUUAAGGCUAUUAUUAAGCGUCUAGCCAGCUUGGUUAACAAAAAAAAUGAGUGAAGGCUAUUAUUGAUGUAU